AUGCAACCACCGACAGAUAAGUUCACGUAUUGGCACCUCCUCAUUGGGUUUCUAUCCCUUCUCGUCCAACAAGAUGUUGAGAACGCACCGCGGAUGAUGGAUGUGAAGAAUGGAUACCUGGAUAUUCUGAUCCAGUCUUCACCUAGUGCAUUGGCUGGAAUGAUUUCUGGAGCCGUUCUUGCCGUGCCCAAUGUUCAUCUCAUCGCAUCGAAUCCAGUGAUUUCCAACCUCUCCUUCCUCACACACUUCUUUGGACUGAACACCUUUGGGUCCGGCUUCGGAAUUGUUUCUGGAACCGUAUUCCUUGGACUGGGUUUCAGCUGGAAAAUCACUGGGGUCGCCAACUUCGUUGCAUUCCUCCUAGCGCCACUAUUCUCGAUGGCCUUCGUCUCCUACGCUCCAAUCAUCUUCAGUGGUGUAAUGUACCGAGUCAUCUGCAUCACCAUUAUUCAGGCGUCACUUUACAUGGGCAAUCGGUUGAAACCACGAUUGUUCGAAGAUGCACUGGCUGGAAUCAUCAGCCGAAUUCCAGAGAAGUAUCUUCGGAAAUGCCCAUGUUCCACGCUAAUCACCAUCUUCAAUCUCAAAGAUGUCUUCUUCACAGCGAUGACACUUCGAAGAAUCCGAAGUGCUGAACUUCGGCGUCGUUCAUCCGUGUUGUUCACGAAAUUGCUUCACAGAAGUGCGCAACCCUUGGAAACCAUUGGCGACGUCGUCCAGAGUCUUCUAGGCUCCGAAUCGAAAGUGGAAAACUGUGAAGUUGGCACCAUUGUGACACUGACAAAUGAAGCAAAGCAAAUAGUCACCAAAGGAUCACCGAUUCAUCGUCUGCUCCUAUUAUUUGCCGAAAAUUGCUUCUAUGAUAGAGAUUUUGGGAAGGUUAUGAGAAGAGAUGAUCUUGAGGAGAAGAUCCGCAUCACUAUCGGAACGGAAGUUUUGGAAAGAUGCAUUAAGGAGAAGUUUUUACAAGUUAGGAAGCGCCACAGCAUUAGAUACAUAAAAUUUGGUGCGAAAAGUCCGGGAAAGGAUAAUGUACAGGAUUUGUUGAAACGCGUUCAAGGAGGAAAUGGAAAAGCAAAAUUCAACGAGCUGGAAAAGCACGGAGCGAUGCAUUUGGUGGAUGUUCAGAUGAUCAUUGAAGGAAAUUUCAAACAGAAAGACGAAAAUGGACCAUCUCCACGUUUCGUUCUUACCGUUACACGCUGA